AUGUCGAGCGAAUACCCAUAUCCCAGACCUCAUCGAUUGGAUCUUGAUAAUAUCAAGAUCAGCAUUACCCACGAAUCGUACACCAUCGCUCUUCAAACGGUGGAUUACUAUCACCGACAAGCUAUAACAAUGACCCCGGAUGAGCAAGAAAAAUACGUUGAAAUGUACAAACGCGUGGUAGAGAACCACGGAGACUUGGAUACAGGCGGGCAGGUCGGCGUCGUGCCACGAGACACUCGAAGAAUCCUGAAAGACAACGACACUACAUGGGUGCCAGCAUCGGGAUGGGAACAGCCCGACGACCCAGAUGAUACCCCGGACAAGCGCAAGGACAAAGAAGAUGACAAUCGACGGCCAAAGAAACUCAAAGUCACCACCUCCCGCUUCCGCUUGCCAGACGACGACUACGGCGAAGACCCUUCCCCGACCUGGUUCGCGGCAACACCGCUACCAAACAACCCCACGGGAACAGGCGAGAGUCGAACUAACAAAAUUGAGACCAAGAUAGCGGCCUUGGAAUUGGAACUCCAGACAGAAAGAGAGCUACGCUAA